AUUUUUUAGAUGACACCACCAUUAGCCAUGCCAGACAAUCCAAUAAAUGCUGUCACUACAAAAUUUGUUCGAACUUCCACUAACAAAAUGAGGUGCCCCAUUUUUUGUGUUGCGUGGACACCAGAAGGGAGGCGUUUAGUGACUGGUGCGUCAAGUGGAGAAUUCACAUUGUGGAAUGGGCUUACUUUUAAUUUUGAAACUAUUUUACAGGCUCAUGAUUCCCCUGUGCGAUGCAUGGUGUGGAGUCAUAAUGAUGUAUGGAUGGUAACUGGAGACCAUGCUGGUUAUGUGAAAUAUUGGCAAAGUAAUAUGAACAAUGUGAAGAUGUUUCAGGCACAUAAAGAACCAUUAAGAGGCAUAAGUUUCUGUCCUGUUGAUACAAAAUUUGUGACAUGUUCAGACGAUGGCACUGUUCGCAUAUGGGACUUCUUGAAGUGCUUUGAAGAAAAAAUUCUUAGAGGUCAUGGUGCUGAUGUUAAAUGUGUUGAUUGGCAUCCUCAAAAGUCUCUGAUUGUAUCUGGAAGUAAAGACAGUCAGCAACCUAUCAAACUGUGGGAUCCCAAAAGUGGACAGUCUCUUGCUACUAUACAUGCACAUAAAAAUACUGUAAUGGAUGCCAAAUGGAACAAAAAUGGAAAUUGGUUAUUAACUGCUUCACGUGAUCAUCUAAUAAAGCUGUUUGAUAUUAGAAAUAUGAGUCAAGAAAUGCAGACUUUUCGAGGGCACAAAAAAGAAGCUACAACACUUGCAUGGCAUCCUGUACAUGAGGGGUUAUUUUCUAGUGGAGGAUCUGAUGGAUGUGUCAUGUUUUGGGUUGUGGGUGCUGAUAAAGAAGUUGGCUGUAUGGAACAAGCUCAUGAUUCAUGUGUUUGGUCGCUUGCAUGGCAUCCUCUUGGACAUAUUUUGUGUUCUGGUUCAAAUGAUCAUUCUAGUAAAUUUUGGACAAGAAAUCGUCCAGGUGAUAGAAUGCGUGAUAAAUAUAACUUAAACACAUUACCAAAGGGACAAGAGGAUGCUGCUGAUUAUGAUGAUUCUGGGACAAUAUCAUCUAUUCCUGGAAUGGGUUUAGAAUAUGGUUUGCCAGAGCAUCUCAAACCACAAGAAAAUAAUUUUGAGGAUGAAGUUACCGUGAUACCUGGCCUUGAUUUCACAUCAGAAGAAUCUGCUACAGAAAAAAGCACACAGCAAAAGAAAAUUCCUUUCUCCAAGCCCAUACCUAAACAGUUUCAGCAGCAAUGGAUGGAAAGCAAACAGCCAUUAUUACUUGCUCCACCCCAGGAAGAACGCAGUAAUGGUGAAGUGUCUGUACCAGUUAAUUCAGAAACAAAGCCACAGCCUUUGUUGAUGCCUCCAGAACAACAUUUCCAACCAAAUACUAGAAGUGGAAAUCAAUAUCAAGAACAACAGUCGCAAAGACCUCCACAACGUUCUGCACUUCUAGGCGAGAGACCAAAAGAUCUACCUCAAGUGCCUCCCUUGCCAAAACCAGAAGCCACAGGAAAUGUACCAACUAAUGAUAUGCCAUAUCCUGACAACCAAGAUAACUUCCCUCAUGAACAUCCAAGGAAUGAGGCAGUGUCACAUGAAACAUGGAGGACUUACAGUAACCAUCACACUGAGAUUGAUGGCUCAACUAAUGAUGAAAUGUUACAUGAAAAUGGAACUCAUGGACCUCUUUUACAAAAUCCAGAACUUCGUCAUGGAUUUGAAUCCCCAAAUAAUAUUGGACCUCCAAUUAGGAGCCGUUCUGAUAGGUAUCAUAAUCCUGGAGAAGAAGAAUUUAUACCUGAAAAUAUGCCUCCGAGAGGUGUGCCACCACAUUUUGGAGGGGACAGUGUAAGGUUUCCUGGUAGUGAAAUGGACCCAAGGAAUAGUCAUAUGGGACCUGGCCCUGAUGAUAUGGGUUACAUGGUUCAUAAACGAUCAUGGCCUGAUGGACCAGGUCCUGGUCCUGGACCUGGACCUGGUCUCGAGGAACCUUAUCCACAUAUGAUGGAAUUUGAAAACUCUGGGCCUCCAGAAUUCAAUCACCCAAGACCUCUUUUACGACCACCUGGUAAUCAAAUGUUCCAUGGCAGUAGAGGACCACGUGGUCCGUUUCGUGGUGGACGAUCUCCUUAUCGUAUUAUAAAUCGUGGAAGGGGCCUUCGUGUGGGAUACCCCAAUUAAAUGUAAUUUUGGACAAUUUUAAAGAAGAGUGACAUGAAAUGUGUAAUAUAUUCAUCUAACAGUUUUUAUUUUUUCUGUAAAGUAUGAAAAACAUUUUAUCAAAGGGAAUCGUCAUAGUAUGUUCAACAAACAGGAAGCUUAAAAGGGCAUGCACAUAAAUCAAUAGGUUUUAAACCUUAAUUUUGAAACCUGCCUUUCUCUGUCUCUGUUGUACAUUUUACUUUUAAAAAUCUGUUAAUUUAACUUUUUCAUUUUGGCUAUCUUUCAGAAGUAAAAAAUAAGUUUUCAAAUUCCUAAGUUUCUUUGGUUGUACAAAAUGAACUAUAUUUGGUUUUUAGAGAACUUUUUAUUUAAUGAUUCUAAUGGGGGAAAACUCACCAUUAACAUACUGGUUGCAUAAAAAUAAUUGUCCAUUUUUGUCUUAAAAUUGAAUUUUGAAUAGAAUUUUUAUUAAAAAUUAAUAUGUAACAUUUAUUUUGAUAAAAAAAUGUGUUCGAAUUUUGUAAAUUUUCAAAUAGGAGAAUGCAUUAUUUACUCACUGUGCAUAAAAUAACAACCCUGAAAGUUCCAUGUAAAUAAAAUAUCCCGAAGUAUUAUUAUUUUUUUAAUCAUUCUUUACAUAAAUUGAAGACAUUACAUUCAAUUAUACAUAAAUUUCUCUUUAAAAAGAGCCAUUUUCUAAACUUCAUUAUCAUAUAUUUUUUUUGUAGAAGUGCUCAAGAACAAUGCAGAAGUUAUGGGCUGUAUGUUGCAUUGUAAAGUAUUUUAUAGUUGUUUGAAGGACUAUUAUUGCAAUUUUUUAGGAGGGGGCAUGUUGAUAUUAAGAUUUUAAUUUUUGAUUAUUAAGAUACUGGAAUACAUUAAAUUGCAGUUGAAUUUUGAAAUUUGUUCUGAGAAUGUCUGUGAUACAUGUUCAGUUUUGAAAUGUGUAGAAACAAAAUUACAAUUUUUUAAAAGAAUCAAAUGUAGCAGAUUAAAUGACAUUUUUUAUGUGUAUAUUCAAAUUAACUAUUUAACAAAAAUAUAUUCAUAACAUCUUUUGAAUAAAAAAAGGGAAGUUAAGUUAUUACUGAAGUUAUUUAGCUUUCUUUCUGCACCUGUGUUAAGCUCUCUUUUUAUAGUAAACAUGGAUCAUAAAUCUCUACAAAUAUUUUACUUUAGAUAAGUCUUUAAUUUUUGACAUAUAGUCUAUUGUCUUUGAUUACAAAUUUUGAAAUUUUGUGGUAAAAAAUGUUUCAAGACUUUAUUUGCUGUCAGUUUUUCAGAUUUUCAGUUUCAACUUAAAUGCACCUCAUAUUAUAGUUUGCAUAUAGUCGAGCAUGUUUAUCUGUGAUGAAUGAGGGUAUGUUUUUUAAAAAUAGAGGAUUGGUUAAAGAACAGUUCUUUUUUUAACUCAAAAUUUCAAUUCCAGCAUUUCUUGUAGUGUUAGUUGCACAUGAAUCUUAGAAUUAAAGAUUCAAUUUAGGGAAAACCUUACUGCUUAAAAAAAAAAACAAAAAAACAAACAGUGUGAUAAUUGUUAAUUAAUUUCUUCUGUUGUUUAAAAGUGUAAAAAUUACUUUGAAAGCAGUUUCAUUGGAGAAUAUACAAUAAUUUUUUCCAUAAUUUUUUUUUAAUAUGCUUUUACAAAAAGAGUUUCUAGCUUUCUCUAAACAUUUUCUGAUUUUAUUUCUCUAUUAUGUUUUCCUUUGUACUGACAUUGUUUUCUUUGUAUGUAAUUAUAUAUUUGAAAAAUGCAAUGGCCAUAUUCAAUAAUUGUUAAUUAACUAAUUCUGCAAAUGGGGUAUCCAUUGCCAAAUAUGCAUCAAAGAAUGAAUUCUGAUAACUUGUUUAUAUGACAUCAUGAAUUGAUCUGCAAUGUUUAAUGUGCAUAAUACCAAGACUAUGUAUGAUAUCAGAUUUGUGCAAUUCUAACAUCUUUUAAGUUAAGACAUCAGAGAAUUGCACAAAUUUAGCAUUGUGCAUAUUAAAUAUUAUAUAUAUUGUUA